AUGAAGAACCAAACUUCUACCGAUGAGUUCAUUCUUCUGGGAUUUUCCUAUCGACCACCGGUCCAGACCUUAAUUUACCUGGUCUUUCUGGUCACCUACAUGGUAACAAUCACUGAGAAUGCAAUCAUCAUCUUUGUGGUGAAAAGGAACUAUCACCUGCAAAAGCCCAUGUAUUAUUUCCUGGGGAACUUGUCCUUCCUGGAGAUUUGAUACAUCUCAGUAACAUUGCCUAGGUUUUUGUUUGGGUUCCGGUCACAGAGCAUGACCAUCUCAUUCUCCAGCUGCAUGACCCAGUUAUACUUCUUUAUCUCCCUUAUGUGCACUGAAUGUGCCUUGGUUGUAAUGGCCUAUGACUGCUAUCUGGCUAUCUGCCAUCCUCUGAGCUACCAAGCCGUCAUGACCCACAAGUUGUGCUUUCAGCUGUCGAUUCUUUCAUGGGCAGGAGGUUUUUCCAUUUCCUUUGUCAAGGUGUCUUUUAUUUCACACCUCAAAUUUUGUGGUCCACAAGUCAUAAACCACUUCUUUUGUGACAUCUCUCCAGUCCUGAACCUUUCCUGCACUGACAUGUCCCUUGCAGAGACACUGGACUUUGUAUUAGCCUUAGUGAUCCUGCUGAUACCUCUCUUGAUCAUUGUUUUCUCUUACUGCUGUAUCUUGUCAACUAUCUUGUGUAUGCCUUCAGCCCAGGGAAGGAGAAAAGUCUUUUCCACUUGUAUCUCCCAUUUCACUGUAGUGAUUAUCUUUUUCUCAACCACUCUCUUCAUGUAUGCCAGGCCCAGGAGGAUCCAUCCAUUCAACCUCAACAAAAUAGUGUCAGUCUUUUAUGCUGUAUUCACUCCAGCACUCAACCCUGUAAUCUACUGUCUGAGAAACAAGGAGGUGAAAGAGAUUCUGAGAAAGACUAUAAGGACAAGCUGCUCUGCAGACUGA